AUGGCGAUAGAUCAUUUAUCAAAACUUGCGGGUAAAGUUGAGAGAAAACGAAUUCAAAUUGAUAUUAAUCAAAUAAAGGAAACUCCUCUUUAUCGUCGAACGAAUAUUCGAUCUUUAGCUUGUGCCAUUGAUGCGUCGACAUCAACUCUUUUUCGACGUAUCAAAGAUGGUGCAAUGAGGGCGCACAUAAACGCUAUAAAGCCUCAUUGGACGGAGAAAAAUAAAAAGAAAUGUGAAAGGUACUAUCUCAUCCCAGAAGAACUAGAAUCUAAUCCAUAUAGAUCAUGUAAAAGUAAGAAUUUUAUUACCAAAGUGAUGUUCAUGGCUGCUGUCGCACGUCCCAGAUUUGAUCAAAAUGGAUUUAAGUUGUUUUCAGGAAAAAUAGGAAUUUUUCCUUUUGUUGUAAAAGAGGCAGCUAAGUGGAAUAGCAAAAAUCAAGUUACCGGGACUUUGGAAACGAAGCCUAUAUUAUCUGUGACUAAAGAUAUAACUAGGGCUUGCUUGAUCGCAAAAAUUCUUUCCGCAAUUAAAUCAAAAUGGCUAGUUUCAGAGUCAAAUACUCCCAUUUUUAUUCAACAAGACAAUGUAAGAUCUCAUAUUGAUGUAAAUGAUAUGGAAUUUAACGAAGCUGCUCGAGAAGAUGGAUUUGAUAUUCGACUGUGCUUUCAACCUUCUAAUAGUCUAGAUUUAAAUGUCUUUGAUCUUGGAUUCUUUAGAGUCAUUCAAUACCAAAAGACUCCUAUAAAUAUUGAUGAGUCGAUAAUUGCAGUUGAAAUUUUUUAA